CCACAGUCACGCGUCUUCCCGGCCACAAUGAAGGGCGUGAAGGUUGCCAUUUUGUGCUGUCUCCUGGUGGCUGUUUGGGCCGACGCGGACGCCGACGCCCAGCGGCGCCGCAGCCAAGGAGGAAGGCGAGGGAAUGCAAGAUUCUUUGGCGGUGGGUUCCAUGGGGGCGGUGGCUUCCACGGCGGCGGCUUCCCCGGCGGUGGCUUCCCCGGCGGUGGCUUCCCCGGCGUCGGCGGUGGCUUCCCGUCGCAGUGCAGGUACUGGUGCCGCACGCCCGAGGGCCAGGCCUACUGCUGCGAGGGCGCCCAGCAGCCGCAGCGCCCUGUCGGGACCAAGUUCGGGCUGUGUCCUCCGGUACGACCCACCUGCCCCAACACCCGCUUCGGCCCCCCCCAGACGUGCUCCAACGACUACAACUGCGCCGGCAGUGACAAGUGCUGCUUCGACAGGUGCCUGGGCGAACACGUGUGCAAGCCGCCCUCGCAUUUCGGCCAUUUCGGAUAAUGCGAGAAUCGGGGAAUUAUCUUUUCGAUAAUGGACGACCAAUAAAGAUAGUGGAUUAGACCGCAUCCGAUCUGUAA